AUGGAGGGCCUCUUCUUCAACGCCAACAACGGCUAUCUCGAAGGCAUUGUCCGCGGUUAUCGCAACAGCCUGCUCACCACCCCAGCCUACAACAACUUGACGCAGUGCGAGACGAUCGACGAUCUGAAGCUCCAGCUUGGCCCAGCUUACGGCGACUUCCUGGCUUCACUACCCCCGAACCCCUCGACCUCUAGCCUUGCCAGCAAGACGACCGACAAGCUGAUCUCUGAGUUCCGAUAUGUCCGAGCCAACGCUGUUGGCUCACUUGCCACAUUUAUGGACUACGUUACGUACGGCUACAUGAUUGACAAUGUUGCGCUCCUCAUUACCGGCACGCUACACGAGCGUGACACCCGCGAGCUUCUGGACAGGUGCCACCCCCUCGGCUGGUUCGAGACCAUGCCUGUCCUCUGCGUCGCCACCAAUAUUGAGGAACUCUAUAAUAGCGUCCUGAUCGAGACACCCUUGGCCCAAUACUUCAAGGGCAGUCUGAGUCACCAGGACCUCGACGAGCUGAACAUUGAGAUUGUCCGCAACACUCUGUACAAGAACUAUCUCGAGGAUUUUCAUGACUUUGUCAACACGCACCCCGACAUGGCCGGUACGCCCACAGCCGAGGUCAUGUCCGAGAUGCUCGAGUUUGAGGCGGACAGACGAGCUAUCAACAUUACGCUAAACUCAUUUGGCACGGAGUUGUCAAAGGCCGACCGCAAGAAGCUGUACCCCAGCUUCGGCAAGCUGUACCCCGAAGGCACACUGAUGCUAUCCCGCGCAGACGAUGCCGAGGGUGUGCGCCUGGCUGUGGACGGAGUCCACGACUACAAGACCUUUUUCGAUGCCGUGGCAGUAGGUGGAAGCUCCGGCGCCGGCAACAUGGGUGGCGGCAGCACCGACGGCAAGAGCCUGGAAGAUCUGUUUUAUCAAAAAGAGAUGGAAAUAUCCAAGAGUGCCUUUACAAGACAAUUCACAUAUGCUAUUAUUUACGGCUGGGAAAUCCGAAACAUUACUUGGAUUGCCGAGUGCAUAGCUCAAAACCAAAAGGACCGCAUCGGAAACUUUAUCAGCGUCUUCUCCUGA